UGUGUGAGAGAGUGAGACUGCUUCUUGGCUCGUUUUGACGGCAUUACGUUUGGCUGGCUCUGGCUACCUGGACUACCGCCGAGUGGAAGUAUCUCAGACUCAAAACGGUCAUUUCGGCUGCGGGCUGCGUUACGUUUUUUUUUCUUGUUUCUGUUUGGCUGUAGUUUUGAGCAAUACUUUUUGACUUGAUUUCCCCCCCGUUCGGGGCGUUGGCUAUGAAAGUUUUUGUGGUUUUGUCUUUUUUGUGUGUAAAACAUUCGGAUGGAAGUGCAUGAAAAUCGCGAUUAGAUAGUGAAAACAAUCGCGGACCAGCAGCCAGCAACAAGUUUCCACGGCAACGUCAUCAAGUGGAGCAUAACUGUAAGGAGAAGUGAGAUUAAGUCCACCAUGAUGCACAAACUGAAAUAUCGCGAUAAAUCGAAGUGGCUCACAGCCAUUCUUGCUCUGGCUGUGGCCUCCAUGGCCCAACUGGUUGGGGGACAGACGAGAGAUCCCCGAUUCUAUUCACGGCCCGGCGUCGACUAUCAUUGGCCGAAUCCAGGGGAUCCGGAUUACAGAACCUACACCUUCAACGAUCGUCGCUAUGGCCAUUAUCAGCCGAAUGGAUUUGGUGCCAACUAUCCUGGCAGGAAUCCCCCCGGACAGUAUCCGCAGGGCAUGCCAAAUGAGGAUCGUUUUCGCUUUGAUCCGAACGAUCCCAAUGCUCGGACACAGUUCCCGGGUGUGUUGGCCGGCUGGCGGGAGGAUCUGCAGGGGAAACAGCGUCGGGACUCGCUGACACUGGAUCGAGAUGUGUUCGUGACGACCAACUACGGACAGGUGCAGGGCUUCAAGGUCUACAUGUAUGACAAUCCGGACCCCAAGUCGUUUUACAGACCCUAUCACUCCACCGUGGAUCGCGUGAUGGGCGAGUGCUCGGCAUUCCUGGGCAUUCCCUACGCCCUGCCGCCCACCUUCGAGGGCCGCUUCAAGCCGCCGCGAGCCCAUCGCGGCUGGCAGCUGCUCCAGGCAGUGGACUUCGGACCGGCAUGCCCCCAGCCAGUUCGAUACACGGGUGCUACCAAGGGAGUCAUGGACAUGGAUGAGGAUUGCCUGUACCUGAAUGUAUAUUCGCCAAAGACUGGCGCUGGCGUGGCCCAAAAGUAUCCCGUGAUGGUUUACAUCCAUGGAGGAGAGUUCAUACGUGGCGCCUCGAACCUGUUCCAGGGCCAAAUACUGGCAUCCUUCUACGACGUGGUCGUGGUAACGCUGAACUAUCGACUGGGAGCCCUGGGCUUCCUCUCGACUGGCGACGAGAACUCGCCCGGCAACUACGGCAUUCUGGAUCAGGCAAUGGCCCUGCGGUGGAUCCACGACAACAUCGAGUUCUUCAACGGGGAUCGGGACUCGAUUACGCUGUUCGGUCCGGGAGCCGGUGGAGCCUCGGCAGGGCUGCUGAUGGUUGCCCCGCAGACUCGGAACAUGGUGAAGCGAGUGAUUGCUCAGUCGGGCUCGGCGCUGGCAGACUGGGCGCUCAUCCAGGACAAGUACAGGGCGCAGAACACGAGUCGAGUGCUGGGCCAGCUGCUCGGCUGCUCCAUUGAGUCGUCGUGGAAGCUGGUAAACUGUCUGCGCACCGGACGCAGCUUCUAUGAGCUGGGAAACGCGGAGUUCUCGCCGCAGGUGGGCAGCUUCCCCUGGGGUCCAGUGCUGGACCACAACUUCACCCUGCCCGGCGACGACUGGUACGAGGGCUGGCGGGAGAAGGACUGGCGCUUCCUCACCCAGACCCCAGAGACUCUGAUACGUUCCGGCAAAUUCAAUCGGAAUAUCCAGUACAUGACGGGUGUGACCACCCAGGAGGCGGCCUUCUUUGUGGCCCAGAACGAGUCGCUGGGGCCGUACUACGAGCUGGACGGGCGCUUCUUCGAGCAGAAGAUACGGGAGCACGUCUUCCGCUACAACUACACCCUGAACCCCAACGGCGUCUACGAGGCCAUCAAGUACAUGUACACGUACUGGCCGGAUCCCAACAACAACACCAUCAUCCGGGACCAGUACGUCAACAUGCUGAGCGAUCUCUACUACCGGGCGCCAGUGGAUCAGAUGGUCAAGUUGCUGCUCGAGCAGAAGGUGCCGGUGUUCAUGUAUGUCCUGAACACCACGGUGGAGGCACUGAAUCUGCCGCAGUGGCGCAAGUAUCCGCACGACACGGAACGCUACUUCCUCACCGGGGCCCCCUUCAUGGACACCGAGUUCUUCCCAAAGAAGGAGCACCUGCAGCGGAACAUGUGGACCGACAACGAUCGCAACAUGAGCCACUUCUUCAUGCAGACCUAUUCGAACUUUGCCAGAUAUGGCAAUCCGACGCCCCAACAGGUGCUGGGCAUGCACUUCCAGCGCGCCUACCAGGGCGAGAUUCGCUACCUGAACAUCAACACCACCUUCAACUCGUCCAUUCUGCUCAACUACCGGCAGACGGAGUGCGCCUUCUGGACGCAGUACUUGCCGACUGUCGUCGGGGUUCUGGUGCCCACAUAUCCGCCCACCACGGAGUACUGGUGGGAGCCGAAGGAGCCGCUGCAAAUAGCCUUCUGGAGCAUGUCGGUCACCUGUUUCUUCCUCAUCGUACUCGUGGUCAUCUGCUGCAUCAUGUGGCGCAACGCCAAGCGGCAAUCGGAUCGCUUCUACGACGAGGAUGUGUUCAUCAAUGGUGAGGGUCUGGAGCCCGAGCCGGAUCCAAGGGGCGUGGACAAUGCCCACAUGGUGACCAACCACCAUGCCAUGCGCUCGAGGGACAACAUCUACGAGUACCGGGACUCGCCCUCGUCCAAGACCUUGGCCAGCAAGGCGCACACGGACACCACAUCCCUGCGCUCGCCCAGCUCCCUGGCCACCACCCAGAAGUCGGGCAGUCAGGCGUCCCUAAAGUCGGGCAUCUCCCUCAAGGAGACCAACGGCAGCCUGGUCAAGUCCGAACGUGCGGCCACGCCCCGUUCCCAGACCAACGGAACGACAGCCAAGGCGGGGCCCGUCGAGGAGAAGCGUCUGCUGCAUCCCCUCUCCAGCACCCCAGUGCCCCAGCUGCAGUCGGAGCCCACGAAGAGAGCGCCUACCAGCGUCUCCGGCAGCAGUCGUAGCACCACUCCUGUGCCCUCGGCACGCACCACCACCACGACGGCCACUCUGUCCUCACAGCCGGCGGCUCAGCCCCGACGCACACAGCUGGUGGAGGGCGUGCCCCAAACAUCCGUCUAAGAAACCGCUCUCUAAGCGCGGGAUGUGCUUAGGGAGUAAAUCGAACGAACCAUCCAACCAACCAACCAAGAAGCCUUUCGCUGACCAAGGGAACGGACGAAGAAAUCUUCCUUGGAGCUGAGUAACUUUUUGUGUAACCUUUCGAUUUAGUUUUCAUAAUUUAUAAUUUAUUUCUAAACAGAUCUUAGAGAUCUCAGUUUCAAGAUUAGUUAUAGGUUUUGUUUAACGAGUAAUUUAAUUUAGUUUUAGUGUAAGUUCGAUAACCCAACGAAUACAAAUCCAUAUCAAUGACAUUCCAUAGCCUUACAAUUGGCCCGUAAGUGUACAUACCUACAUUUAGUUAGCAGUAAGGACAGGCUCUGUUCAAGCUGUCACUUCAAUGAGUAUAGGUAGCUAGAGAACUAGAAGAUGGGUAUCCCAUGGGUAUCUUUUCAUUUAUAUAAAUUAUAAUUACUAUAAGCUAAUCGUACAUUGUGCAGCUGAUCAAAUGAGAUCUACUCGGAACAAAUCUGACAUUCAAUUAGAGUAAAUUUCAACUUCGUCUUGUAGAGUUUUAAACCCCCUUUUUGUGGCAUCUGUAAGUAAUUAAAAUUACAUUGUAAACUAUACAGGACAAAUAAAUUUCCCGCACCCUGAAUUUGCAACUAAAACUCAUUAAAAUAUUAAGUUAUUUGCAAUAAAUCCUGUGCAUAUCACUGUCAUAUCCGUAACCACAUAUGUAUGUACUCGUAUUUGUUCAUCAUUUAUUUGUCCAAGUCCAAAAGCAACACCUAAAGUGCCUUCAAUUCCUUGUAGUUGUCUUUGAUGGACCCCCUCCAUCCCCAUUCCCAUGCAUAGUUUUAAGCGAUCCCAUCUGCCCCCUUUGUGUGCCUUCCACAUUUAUGCAUCUGUAUUAAGUUUUAGUUGUAGGUUUUGUAUAUGUUUUAUGUGUCGCAUAUAAGCCAACCAAUGACCAUACAAAUUCAGUGUGAACCGUCCAAUCAUUUUAUGUUUCCAUAAGCAUCGUGUACAUGUUUAUUGUGUGUAUAUAGUAUCUAGAUGCAUUACACGAUCGAGAGCAUAAUCUAUAAUUUACAUUUAUAUGUUUUAGAGAUAUUAGUUUAGUUCAUUUUAUUUCAUUGUAUUUGUCCUGAAAUAAAAUAAC